CAGCCGCCAUCUUGACGCGGCUCGGAGUCGGGAUUUCGGGGGGAGCACAAAUUUUUAAACCGACCGGAGCCACCCAGACCCGGCUGAAACGGGAUUUUUCCGGCCGAAAAUCGAAGGGUUGUUUCUUCCGAAGAGAAUGAGCCCAAACAUGUGAGGCUUGCGGGGUUUUUUAAUCGUCUCGACAGGCCACUGUAUAUUUGAUUUCCCUUUCAGAGAGCGCCGCUGGUUGUCGCCGUAUCUCCGUCCGCGGAACACUGUAUUUACCGGGGAGACAGCGGCGAGAAAAAAUAUCCGCCUCAUAGAAAAUAUUUUCUGAAUUUUCCUCUUUUUAUUUAAGCCAAAAUUGGAUUUUAUCGCUGCUUCUUUGGACGGCUAAAAAAUGAAUCUCCGCGUAGGUGAAACCGGCCGUCCGCGAGCGAAGGGAUUCGCCUGGACGCCGAGUAAUAUUUCGUAAUAGUUUUUUAAUUUAUUUUUCUCGGACCGAAACAAUUUUUGGACGCAUUAAUUUGGGGAUAAUUAUGUGGGUGUUGGGUGUUGGAUUAUCAUGGGGUGAUCUUCGGUGGCGAAGCGUGGCGCUGUUGCCCUUCUUUUAAAGAGCCGACUUCUCCGGGCAACAUUUCACCACUCCGCCAGUCGGGAGCAAAUAAACUACCAACGUCGCUUCUUCUCACGCAACAUUGAAACAAAAAAAAAAAAAAAAAAAAAGUUACGCGUUAUUAACAACCCUGAGACUCGCUUUUUUUCUUUUUUCUUUUUUUUGUGGCUAUUUUUUUUUUCGGCUUCACCAUCCAAAUUUUUCACCGAGCAGGAUGGCUGACAAUCUGCUGGAUGCGGGACCCCCCACUGCAAAGCGACCCAAGAUUAAUUCACCCCUAUCGGGAUCAGACGGCCCAGAUCUUGUAUCGCUGCUUGAUCUGGAAAACGACCUUCCUGAUGAGCUUAUCCUCAACGGAGAGUUGGGAAAUGGACCGUCUGCUAACUGUGGCCCAAGUGGCGGUCCAGCCGGACUCAACUCGGCUGUGCCGGAUGCCGCCGCCAAACACAAGCAACUUUCUGAGCUGCUGCGACCAGGAAGCUCGUCCAUUUUGGGGGGCAGUCUCAAUUCUGGCAGCCCCCAACAGGGCGGCAUGGUGUCCAGCCAGCUGGGUGCUGUGCUGGGCAAAGGCCCUCUGGGCCAGGGUUCUCCAAAUCACCAGUCGCCCCAAGGCCAGAAAGGAGGCGUGUCCACGGGACAAGGAAAUGGAGCGAUGGGCUUUAACCAGGCGAUGAUGAACAGCGGCCCGGGCCACGGUGUUAUGGGCCAAGUGGGACAGGUCAUGAAUGGUGCUAUGGGACCAGCGGGCCGGGGGAGACCUGGGCCUGGCAUGCAGUACCAGGGCCAGGGAAUGCAAGGGACACAAGGGGUUUCUGGACCUGGUGUUGGAGGAAGUGUGCUGGCAGAGACUCUGACCCAAGGAGGGCCACAGAUGGGUGCGCCGCACACCAUGAAUGCCCAACAAGCUGGAAACAUCAACAAGAUGGCGAUGUCAGGAGCUCCGUUCGGCCAGCAGUACGGCCAGGCCGGGGUGCAACCGCAGAUGGGGACAGCGGGGGUCAAUGCCCAGCAACUCCAGAACAAGACGGCCCUUUCUAACAACCUGCCCCCAUUCCCUGCUGAGUUAAAGGGAGCUGGGAGCGUGCCAAACAUGAUGCAGCAGCAGGUAGCAUCGAUGGGUAUGGUCCCUGGGGCCGGCGGCGUAUCCGGAGGCCCGACUGCCGACCCCGAGAAGCGAAAACUCAUUCAGCAGCAGCUGGUCCUGCUGCUCCAUGCGCACAAGUGCCAACGGCGGGAACAGGCCAACGGAGAAGUGAGGGCCUGUACCCUGCCUCACUGCCGCACCAUGAAGAACGUACUCAACCACAUGACUCACUGCCAGGCUGGCAAGUCCUGCCAGGUGGCUCACUGUGCAUCAUCCAGACAGAUCAUCUCCCACUGGAAGAACUGUACGCGGCACGACUGCCCGGUUUGCUUGCCUUUAAAGAACGCAAGUGACAAGAGAAAUCAGCAGCCUAUGCUAAGUUCUCCCGGAGCCAGCCUGCAGAAUGCCAUCAGUACGGUCGGACCCGGCCAGCCGAGCGCCGCAGCCAUCACCAGUACUCCUACGCAUAUCGACCCCAGCUCUAUGCAGCGGGCCUACGCAGCCCUGGGCCUCCCGUACGGGAACCAGUCCCCUGCUCAGGGGCAGGGUCAGGGUUCGGCUCAGCAGAACCCACAGGGACAUCAGCAGCUACGAAAUAUGAACCCACUCGGCACUAAUCAGAUGAACCAGAUGGCAGGAGCCCUGGGUACCCAUUCCUCAGACCCUGCCGGCUUGCACUCUGACUCCUCUCUCCCCUCCACGCUCAACAAUCAGCUUCUGCCAGAUGGAUCAGUAGUAGAAGGUAUGGGAAACCUGCCCGCUGCCACCCCUCUCUCUGCUUCAGGGGUAAGAAAGGCCUGGCAUGAACACGUGACUCAGGACCUGCGCACCCACCUGGUGCACAAACUAGUACAAGCCAUAUUCCCCACCCCGGACCCCGCGGCGCUGAAGGACAGGCGGAUGGAGAACUUGGUGGCUUACGCACGCAAAGUCGAGGGAGAUAUGUAUGAGUCGGCAAACAGCAGGGACGAGUACUACCAUUUCCUGGCAGAAAAAAUCUACAAGAUCCAGAAGGAGCUGGAGGAGAAGAGACGCUCACGGCUACAGAAGCAGCCCAUCAUGAUGGGCGCGGCUGGGCCCCAGCAGCCCGGCAUGGCUCAGCCCAACAGCAUGGGCCCAGCACAGGCUGUCCGACCUCCGAAUGGACCUGCACCAAUGCCCAACAUGCCAAAUCAGAUGAUGAACCGUAUGCAGGUGGAUCAAGGAAUAAGUCAGUUUAACCCGAUGGCGAUGCAGAAUGCGCAGAUGUCCCAGGCGCCCAUGGGAGCGAGGGCUCCUUCCCCAAUGAGCCAUCCACAGCAGAUGAACAUGAACUCUGUUCCAGUGAUGGGCAUGUCCCCGUCAAGGAUGCCUCCGAACCAAGGCAUGAUGGGUAAUCAUGCUAACAACAUGGUGUCCCAAGCAGCCCCCCAAGGCCAGUACCUGCAGCAGGGUCAGUAUCCUGGGUCUGCAGGUGGAGCCAUGAAUGUGAAUAUGGGCAUGGGACAGAAUAUGCCUCAGGCUGCCGUUGCACAGCAACAACAAACCUCUAACCUCCCUCUGAAUGCACUGGGCUCUCAGCUUCCCUCUGGACCCACCACCCAGCCCCCCCGGGGAACCCCCCCUCCACCCAACGUCAGCCAGCAGCAGCAGCAGCAGCAGCAGCAACACGCUCCCACACAGGCCCAGGUGCCGCCCCAGCCCCCCACUCCCGGCUCCGCAGUAGGACCCUCCUCCACCCCAACCCACAUUCCAAGUAGCCUUCCUCGUCCUUCUGCACCUAUGAGCACUCCCCCCGACCCCUCCCAGCCUCUGACACCCCUGCAGCCCCCAUCAGAACCCCCCAGCCAGAUGCAGCAGCCCACCUCUGUGCAGCCUCAGCACCCUAGUACACCGUUAUCCCAGGCUGCAGCCGGUAUCGAUAACAGAGUGCCCACCCCGGGCUCUGUGGCCGAGCUGAGCUCCCAGCAGGCCCUGCCUGACAUGAGCAGCUCCGAAGUCAAAUCUGAAGUCAAGGAGGAAGAAGAAGAAGAGGAGGAGGAGGAGGACAGCAAGUCUGGGAAGAAGCAAGAAGAUGUAAAGAUGGAGCAGGAUGAUGAAGCCAAACCCUCCCUGGUGAAGAAGGAGGAACCCGAUGCAGCAGAACCAAAGCAGGAACCGAUGGAGACUGAAGAGAAGAAGCCAGAGGUGAAGGUAGAACCCAAAGAAGAGGAGGACGGCGCGUCCAACAGCGCGUCAGCCGCGUCCUCUGCUCAGAACCGCAAGAAAAUUUUCAAGCCAGAGGAGCUGAGACAAGCCCUGAUGCCUACUCUGGAGGCCCUCUACAGACAAGACCCCGAGUCCCUGCCCUUCAGGCAGCCUGUAGACCCCAUGGUGCUCGGCAUUCCUGACUACUUUGACAUAGUGAAGAACCCUAUCGACUUGUCCACCAUCAAGCGCAAGCUGGACACGGGUCAGUAUCAGGAGCCGUGGCAGUACGUGGACGACAUCUGGCUCAUGUUCAACAACGCCUGGCUGUACAACCGUAAAACGUCGCGCGUCUACAAGUACUGCACCAAGCUGGCCGAGGUGUUCGAAGCGGAGAUCGACCCCGUCAUGCAGGGUCUGGGCUACUGCUGCGGCAGGAAGUUUGAGUUUUCCCCUCAGACACUUUGUUGCUACGGCAAACAAUUGUGCACCAUCUCCAGAGACAGCACCUACUACAGCUACCAGAACAGGUAUCACUAUUGUGAGAAGUGCUUCAACGAGAUCCAGGGCAACAGCGUGAACCUGGGCGACGACCCGGCUCAACCGCAGACCAAGAUAUCUAAAGACCAGUUUGAAAAGAAGAAAAAUGACACGUUGGACCCUGAACCGUUUGUUGAAUGUAAAGAUUGCGGCAGAAAAAUGCAUCAGAUCUGCGUGCUGCACUACGAUGUUAUUUGGCCCUCCGGGUUUGUCUGUGACAACUGCCUGAGAAAGUCUGGAAAGACGAGAAAGGAGAACAAGUUCUCAGCAAAAAGGUUGCAGACCACAAGGUUGGGGACGUACAUCGAGGACAGAGUGAACAAGUACUUGAAAAGGCAGAACCACCCAGAAGCUGGUGAAGUGUUUGUGCGAGUCGUUGCCAGCUCUGACAAAAGCGUGGACAUCAAGCCCGGCAUGAAGUCGAGGUUUGUAGACUCAGGCGAGAUGGUGGCGAACUUCCCUUACAGAACCAAAGCACUUUUUGCAUUUGAGGAAAUCGACGGCGUGGACGUUUGUUUCUUCGGCAUGCACGUACAGGAGUACGGCUCAGAUUGCCCUUUUCCAAACACAAGACGGGUUUACAUAUCGUACCUCGACAGUGUUCACUUCUUCAAGCCACGUGCGCUAAGGACUGCAGUGUACCACGAGAUCUUGAUAGGCUACCUGGAGUAUGUGAAAAAACUGGGGUAUGUGAUGGGUCACAUCUGGGCCUGCCCACCGAGUGAAGGGGACGAUUAUAUUUUCCACUGCCAUCCUCCGGACCAGAAGAUCCCGAAGCCCAAAAGGCUGCAGGAGUGGUACCGGAAGAUGCUGGACAAGGCUUUUGCAGAGAGAAUCAUCCACGAUUACAAGGACAUUUUCAAGCAGGCGACAGAAGACAGGCUGACCAGUGCCAACGAGCUGCCGUACUUUGAGGGCGACUUUUGGCCUAAUGUGCUGGAGGAGAGCAUCAAGGAGCUGGAGCAGGAGGAGGAGGAGAGGAAGAAGGAGGAGAACACGGCCUCUUCUGAGACCACAGAGGGGGUCCAGGCUGACAGCAAGAACGCCAAGAAGAAGAAUAACAAGAAAACCAACAAGAACAAGAGCAGCGUCAGCCGAGCCAAUAAGAAGAAGCCCGGGAUGCCAAAUGUAGCCAAUGAUCUGUCUCAAAAGCUCUACGCCACCAUGGAGAAACACAAGGAGGUCUUUUUUGUUAUCCACCUCCAUUCUGGGCCCGUCAUCAACACCCUCCCACCCAUCAUGGACCCCGACCCUCUGCUGACGUGCGACCUCAUGGACGGACGUGACGCCUUCCUGACGCUGGCCAGGGACAAGCACUGGGAGUUCAGUUCGCUCAGGAGAUGCAAGUGGAGCUCCAUGUGCAUGCUGGUGGAGCUGCACAAUCAGGGCCAGGACCGCUUUGUCUACACGUGCAACGAGUGCAAGCACCACGUGGAGACUCGUUGGCACUGCACUGUUUGUGAGGACUACGACCUGUGCAUUAACUGCUACAACACUAAGGGCCACGAGCACAAGAUGGUGAAGUGGGGUCUGGGCAUCGACGACGACAGCAACAGCCAGAGCGGCGAGGCCUCCAAGAGUCCUCAGGAGAGUCGACGUCUCAGCAUCCAGCGCUGCAUCCAGUCCCUGGUGCACGCCUGCCAGUGCAGGAACGCCAACUGCUCCCUCGCCUCCUGCCAGAAGAUGAAGAGGGUGGUCCAGCACACCAAGGGCUGCAAGCGCAAGACCAACGGCGGGUGUCCUGUGUGCAAGCAGCUCAUCGCUUUAUGCUGCUACCACGCCAAGCACUGUCAGGAGAACAAGUGUCCCGUGCCGUUCUGCCUCAACAUCAAGCAGAAGCUUCGCCAGCAGCAGCUGCAGCACCGGCUGCAGCAGGCCCAGAUGAUGCGCCGCAGAAUGGCCACCAUGGCUGGAAGAGGCAUGCCGAUGCCAUCGCCGCCUACCUCAGCCGGCCCCGAGACCCCCAACUCCGUGCAGCAGCCUAAUACGCCCCAGACCCCCCAGCCCAUGCCCAACCACCCCCAGCAGCAGCAGCAGCAAACGCCAAACCCCGGCAACAUCGGCCAAGGGUUCCCCAGCAACGGGCGCGGCAGUCAGCCCACGACGCCGGUGCCGCAGGGCAAACCGGGGCCACAGUCCUCGCCGCUCCAUCAGCAGCUGUCUCCUAUGCCUAACAUGGUGCAUCAACAGCAGGCUCCUCCUCCGUCACAGCAGCAGCAGCAGCAGCAGUCGCAGCAGCAGAACGUGCUGGCGGCGAUGAAGGUGGCCCAACAGAUCGAGAUGGCGGCCAAGGCGAGGCAGCAGCGGGAAUACGCCAUGAACGGGAUGCCCAUGAGCCAGCCGCGCAUGAUGAGCCCCAUGCAGAACCAGAUGCAGAUGAUGCAGGGCCCGCGGGGUCCGCAGGUGAUGCAGGCUGUGCCGCAGGGCCAGUGGGGCGCAGGGAUGCCGAACCCCCAGAGCCAUCAGCCGCUGAUCCCGCCCCAGCAGCAGGCUCAGGGAGCCCCCAUGCCUCAGCAGACCCCGACCCUGCCGAGGCCCAUGAUGGCGCCGCAGUCCGCUCUCCAAAUGCCCGGGGUCAUGCCGUCGCAGCAGGGGCCGUCGCAGCAGGGGAUGACGCCGCAGCAGCAGAACAUGCCCCGGGGAAUGCCUGGAAAUAUUACUCCAAGUGCCGUGCAGGAACUACUGCACACCCUCAAGUCUCCGAGCUCCCCGCAGCAGCAGCAGCAGGUCCUGUCCAUCCUCAAGUCUAACCCCCACCUCAUGGCCGCGUUCAUUAAACAGAGGGCGGCCAAGUACCAGGCCAGCCAGGCGCCGCAACAACAACAACAACAACAACAGCAGCAGCAGCAGCAGAACUCGCAGGUCAUGCUCGGCCCACAGCCAGGAAUGCAGGCCAUGGCAGCUAUGAACCAAAUGCAGAGGCCCGUGAUGGCUCCUCAGCAGCAGCCUCCUCAGGCGGUGGAGCCCCAAGCUAUGGCACCCAUGGGUCCCCAGGGCCAGAUGAUGAAUGCCGCUCAAAACGGCAGCCCUCAGUACCACCGGCAUCAGCUGUUCAGGAUGCAGCAGAUGCAGCAGCAGCAGCAGCAGCAGCAGCAGGGAGGCUUGCCUCAGGGUCACAGCCAGUUCCCCCCGCAGCAGCAAGGCCCCGCCAGCUUCUCCCAGCUCCGCGCGUAUCAGCAGAUGGCCAUGCAGAGAGCCGCGGGUCCGAUGGGCUCGGUCCCCGCCAUGCCGCAGAUGGGCCAACCCGGCAUGGGCAUGGACGGGUUCCCCAACCACCUCAAGCAGCGCAUGCUCCAGCAUCAGAUGAUGAAGCAGCAGAUGGGUUCCCCGGCGCAGGCCAACUCCAUGAGUCCACAGCCUCACCUGCUGCCGGGCCAGGGCCAAACCGGAGCCCACCUGCCGGGCCAGGCCAUGGCCAACGCCCUGGGGAACCAGGUUCGCUCCCCGGCUCCGGUGCAGUCGCCCCACCCACCCUCGCAGCAAGCGCCCCAUUCCGGUUCCUCCCCGCGGACGCAGCCGCAGCCUUCGCCGCAGCACGGGGGUCUCCACUCCGGCUCCCCUCACCCGGGCCUCGGCCCCAUGUCGGGCUCCAUGGACCAGGGCCACAUGGCGGAGCAGAGCGCCAUGCUCCCGCAGCUGAACACGCCGAACCGAGGAGGGCUGAGCAAUGACAUGAACAUGGUGGGCGACGCCACAGGAGACACGCUGGAGAGGUUCGUUGAAGGAUUGUAGCAUUUUGAGACAGAGGAAAAAGGGCCCGCUCCACUUUUUUUUUCUAUUUACUGAUCUCAAAAAAAAAGUCUUAGGAGGCCUACGGACUGUGAACUUUCCUUCCACCACAGACUCCUUUUUUCUGAAAACGGAGUGAUUUAAUAAUUGCUGUUGAGAAGAAAACAAAGACAAAGAAUAUAUUUUUUGGUUCAGACCAGCAUUGCAAGAAUUCGCGCUGGUCUUUUGUUGGUUUAUUUUAUUUUUCUUUUAUUAUUUGCAAUUGACUUUUUUUUUUUUUUUUUAAGAAAUCUUAAAACAAAAAAAAAAUCCUUAUUUUGUACCUUUGCAGAUAAAUAUUGUAUUUGUGUUGCGAAGUCUGUAAAGUUGUCUGUGAAUUUUUUUUUUUUGUUUCGCCAGU